AUGCUUCCAGCUAGACGCCUUCGGGCCAGGCCCAACGUCGGGCCCGUCAACAACGCCCAGGUCAACCAGAACGACAGGCUGUUGGUGAACCUCCCCCGAGAGAUCCUAUACAUGAUAGCCAGCCACAUGGACAACGACAGCAUCGACAGGCUCACUCAAACCAGCAGGAGGCUCCAGCAAUAUAUAGGUCCGCGGUGCUGGGAAAGGGUUGAAGUCUCGUGCACAAACGAGGCUGAGAAGGACGACAUGAUCUGGCAGCUCGAGAACUGCCUGGCCGGCACACAAAAGGCGACUCUCGCUGCCAACGACGCCUACAGGCCGCACACUGUUUCCAAUAGCAACGUUAUACCGCACUGCGCCAGACAUGUACGUGAGUACAUCAUCAACGGCGAUGACGAGGAAGCUUUGUACAGAGACGAUUUAUGCAGAAGCUGGGUCGAGGUCACGCUCAAUAAUUUUACGAACCUUAGGGUCUUGGAGACUUGUUGUCUGGAUCAACUCAUCGCCGGCAGAAUAGCGGCCCUGCCCAGAUUACACGCACUAGCUCUUAUCAACUGCUACAGCCUCGAUGCAACGCCGGUCGAAAUGAACCAAAUCACCGGGCUUGUACAUCUCUGCGUUUACAAUGUGGAGCGCGCAAGAUUUGGACAGGACAACGGCCAGACUCUGAGCAUGCUGCGCGGCUCAGCCACGACCCUGCGCAGCAUGGAGCUGUUCCACUUUCACCACGAGUGCAGCGAAUCCCCCAUUGUCGCCAUGGGAAACAUCGAUUUCCGGCUCACGGCGCUCGAGUUCCUCAUCAUGUGCAGGUUCUGCGAUCGAGAGGCCCAGGCCAUGCUACGAGUGGUCGACUUCCCAUCCCUCACCGAGCUGCACAUAUACCAGCCCCCCGACGACCUCAUUCCCUUCUUUCGAGCCCUGCAGAACCUAUUCAUCUUUGCCGACGAGCCAAAGCUGCAGGCGGUGGAGCUCGACCUGAACAGAACCAACACCCGACAAAUGUACAAUGCUCAGCGCCGCUGGCUCACCUCCUUCAACACGCUCGAGUCCCUGCGCCUGGACCGGUGGAAUCCCCAAGACGGCGACGCCUCGCUGAUCCCAGGGGCCAUCUCCGGGCACCGAGGCAUGCGCAAGCUCAUCUUCUCGCACCGCGACAGGGAGCGGGACGGUGUGUUCAGCAUACCGAUUCUCAGCCCGGAGUCGGUCACCCACCUGGCCUGGCGCCUGCCGGAGCUGCGGUGGUUCGAGUUUGCGCCCGACCAAGAGGAUCUGUUCGAGACGGGCCGCGCGCUGUCUCGUCUCUCCAAGCUGGAGUUCUUGCGCUGCCGGCUCAAAAAGUCGGAAAGCUCCGACUUUGUCUUCGGCAUGUUCACCCAGAUCCUCAGGGGUUUCCUUCGGGAACUGGGGCCCGGGGAGACGUGGGAGGAGCGAUACAGCUUGCGCUUGGUGCAGGCCGAGGAUGAAGAAACCCAGUACGAUGUUGCCUCUCGGUUGCCGGAGCCUUGGGGCAAAAAACGAAUAAUCACGGACGCCACCACCAGAAAGUCCGUCAGGAUACGGAGGGCCGCCGAGAUUGAUCCCGCUUUCGUAGAAGAUUCUGAUCCUGUGUGGGUCGACAAGGUCUCGAGGGACUUGAGAGUGUUUCGUUGA